AUGACUGAUCUUACUGAACGAAAAUCGCCAACAAGUGAGUCAACUUCUAGUGCUGAGCCGGCAGCAUCAAUAGAAUCUACAGCUAAUGAAACAAUAUCUGCUCUUAUCAAUAGCACUCCAUUAGCUGAUUCAAAUACGAUACACAAUUCUAGAGAUAAUAGUCCGCCAACAUUACGUCGUCGAAGUAGUGUAUCAAUUAUUCAAGCACUUGCCAAUACAAGACAUUUACUUACAACAAAUGAUGCUCGAAAACGAAAUUUUCUUGUUGGAGCUGCGAGACAACUACCAGAAAGUACAGCAAAUGAUAUUAAUUCAUUUUUUCCUAGCGGACGAUUAUUAACAAUAAUGAUGGUAACAUGGAAUACGGGUGAAGCAUCAAAAUUAUAUGAACAAAAUUAUACUCCAACUGCUCGACAAACAGCACAACCAAAGGAACGUAUGCUUGACGAUAUGUGUGAUAUAUUACUGCCAAUAUUUAUAGAUUAUGUUUCGGAUCUUAUUAUUGUUUGUACUCAAGAAAUAAUUGAUUGGGAAAUUUUACUUCAAGAAGUAAUUGGACCAGCUCAUGUUCUAUAUCAUUCAGUCCAUUUUGGUACAUUAUCAUUAUGUAUAUUUUUACGGCGAGACUUAAUAUGGUUUUGUACCGAACCAGAAGAAGAUAUAAUUAAAUUUCGAGCUGUAGGUCCUGUUCGUACCAAAGGUUCAUUAGUAAUAACAUUUAAUCUCUUUGGAACAUCAUUUAUGAUUAUUAAUUCACAUUUUGAAGCUGGUCAUGGUUCUGAAGGUCGUUCGAAUCGACGAUUAAAUUUUCAUAAUACAACAACAAAAUUAUCAAUACCACAUGAAUUUAUUCAAAGAACAUUUAAAACUAAUAAACGUGUCAUAUCUGUAGUUGAGUCUUCUAUUCCACAAACUAUGGAAUCAACAGCAUCACUUGAUUCUGCUGCGCGUGCAGUUGUAGAUAUAACAAAAUCAUGUGAUUGUGUUCUAUGGGGAGGUGAUAUGAAUUUUCGAAUUGAUAUGCAGCAUGGUGAAGUAUUAGAACUUUGUAAGGAACGAAAUUUCCAUCAAAUUUUACUUAAAGAUGAAUUUCGUAUUGCACAAACAAAAACAGAUGGUCUAUAUGCGAGUUUUAAAGAAGCUGACAUUGAUUUUGCUCCAACAUAUAAAUUUGAUUUACGAUUUGAUAAUGAUACAUAUGCUAAACAUAGAACACCUUCAUAUACAGAUCGUAUUCUCUAUCGCGAUAAACCAACAUCAGUGAUUGAAUGUACACAAUAUAAAUCAGUUGAAGGUGUAAAACAUUCAGAUCAUAAACCUGUUCUUGCUCAUUUUCGUGUUAAACUUAAACCUGGUUUACAUACAGGAAAUCUUGCAUAUGGAAAAUUUAAUCAUGAAGUUUACAAAAGUGGUUGUAAGCAACGUGAACGACAUCAUUCCUUAGGUGUUAGCUUAGGAAAUAAUGCGAAACGCCGAACAGCAAUCCCGAAAAGUUCAGUUUGUGUAGUUCAGUAA